GACUGGUGGUGCUGGAAGAGCACAAUUCAGUGAGCGGAACUCGGGGCAGUAUAUGGACCUUUUCCCUUCUCUGCAUUAGAAUGGGAACAUAUCGAAAGGAUCCUGUCUGGGCUCGCGAAAGUGACUGACGCCAACGCAGAGCUCCACACGCUCCAGGCUGGUCUUCACCAGAAACGUUCGCCACCCUGACAUUGAACACACUGUUCUUCCCAAGUUCCCGGAGGGCUCCAAAUCCAGGAAUGUCAGCGCCCACCAGCCUCUAGCACAGCCGGAUGCAGAAUUGCCUCGGUUUCAGACGAUUUCUUGGGAGUCCCUCACCAUGGUCAUAGCUGUGUUAAGAUUAUAGACCCCCUGUGGAAGACUUGGGGGGUAGGGAGGAGGACCGGUUUCUGCACAAGGGGGUGUUUGUUGACUGGCUGACGGCUGGGGAACCAUGUAGUGGACCUUUCUGUGGGGGGGGCGGGCGAUUUUUUUCUGGGUCAAGAUGGUUCUGUACACGUUGCCCUUUUCUAGUGCCUUCCUGAGAGUUCUUCACUGUUUCGCCUGGGGCCUCAUUUUCCCCUGCUAUUGGCUCCUGGAUCGGCUGCUGGCCUCCUUCCUGGUUACCACCUAUGAGAAGAGGCAGCGCUCAGAGGACCCCUGCUACUUCUUGGCCUUUUGCAUCUUAAUCUCUACACCGGUCUACCUGGUGCUGCUGGUGGCAUCCCUGCCUUUUGCCUUUCUGGGCUUCUUGAUCUGGGCCCCAUUACAGGCUGUCAGGCACCCCUACAUCUAUUCCAAAAGAGGACGGCCCGACAAGAAUCGGGCAGAGCAAGGCACAGCCGGGACACCAGUGGGCGAGUGGAAGGCUCAGGGCAAGAGUUUUUGCUUUUGCACUGCAAAUGCGUGCCUCCUGCCUGACUCGCUGGCCCGCUUCAACAACCUCUCCGACACCCAGGGGCGGGCCAGGGAAGUGGGCAAGAGGAUCCGCAACGGAGCCAGCCGCCCACAGAUCAAGAUCUACAUUGACUCUCCCACCAACACGUCUAUCAGCGCGGCCAGCUUCAGCAGCCUGAUUUCGCCACAGGGCGGGGGGGAGGGCCCCCAGCGGGUGGCUGGUGUCCGCCGUACCUCCUCUCUGGAGUACAAAGUGGAGAGCAAUGGGGAGGCUGAGAAGGAGCAGGAGGAGGGGGGUAACCGGGAUGAGGAGUGUGUGCCGCUCAAUGACUGCCCCUCUGGCGUGCAGAUCAGCAUCAGUGCUCCUGAGCCAGAGGGCGAGGAGGACCAGAAGGGUCAGGCUGCCAACCACAAGCCCAAGGAGGGCGACUCAGGCAGCCUGGACAGCAGGACAGCCUCCCGGGAGUCGCUGGUGAAGUUCCACGUGGCUGAUGGGACCCUGUCCAAUAACAAACUAACGUACCACACCUCUGUGCUAAAGAAAGCCUCCGCGAGGAAGCGGCGCCACGGAGACGACUCGUUCGACCACGAGAUCUCCGCCUUCUUCCCUGCCAACCUGGACUUCCUGUGCCUGCAGGAAGUCUUCGACAAGCGGGCAGCAGGAAAGCUAAAAAGGCAGCUGCACCGCUACUUCCAGUACAUUCUGUACGACGUGGGCCGGUACGCCUGGAAGGGCUGUUCCCGCUUCAAGUUCCUCAAUAGUGGGCUGCUGCUGGCUAGCCGGUACCCCAUCCUGGACGCCUCGUACCACUGCUACCCAAACGGCCGUGGGGAGGACGCUCUCGCGGCUAAGGGGGCGCUCUUCGUUAAGGUGCAGGUGGGAUCCACUCCUCAGGACCAAAGAAUCGUGGGAUAUAUUUCCUGCACUCACUUACACGCUCUCGAAGGAGAUGCCGCAAUCCGCUGUGAGCAACUGGAUCUGCUCCUGGAAUGGCUGGCGGAAUUCCGGAAAUCAACCUCCCAUCCCAGCGGAGGUCAAGGUCCAGAGGAUCAGGUGGCAUUCGACGUGAUUUUGGGGGACCUCAAUUUCGACAACAGCUCCUCGGAAGACAAGCUGGAGCAGCAGCACGUCCUGUUCACUCACUACAAGGACCCGUGUCGGCUGGGGGCUGGCGAGGAGAAGCCAUGGGCUGUCGGGACACUUCUGAACCCCACUGGACUUUACGAUGAAGAGGUCAGCUCUCCAGAGAGCCUACAAAAAGUAAUGGAGAAUGAAGAGGGGAGGAAGGAGUACUUGGUUUAUCCCACCAGCAAGAACCACUGCUCUAGUCAAAAGGGUCGGAAGAUACCACUCAAGGGCAGCGGGAGGAGAGUUGACUACAUCUUGUACACCGAGGAAGGACUGCAGCAGGACUGGAAAGUGGAUGUGGAGGAGUACAGUUUCGUCACUCAGCUGGCUGGACUGACCGAUCACCUGGCAGUGUCCAUGCGCCUGACUGUGUCGACAGGAGAGGAGGAGCCCUAGGCCAAACAGAGCCCAGCCAGAACUACUGGGGCAGGGAGAAGGAGAAAGAUGGGGGAAGACAGCUCUGGACACUCAGGAUGGAUGGACCAGGAGAGAGAGAGAGAGAGAUGCACAGAUGUUUCCUCUUUGCCCGUGACCUCAAACCUCUCAGCUGGGCCAAAACGCCCCUACGUUUCAAUUUUAAACAAACUUGAUGAGGACAGCUGGAGACAGUUUAGGGGCCAUCAGCUCUUGUUAAGUCAUCAGUUCUGCUCCUUGUGCUCAUCAGAGCUGAAGGAUUCAAAGAAGCUUCGUACAGUUGAUCAGUGCCAUUCUAAUUUACAGAAACAACAUGCUUUUCUACCAGUACACAGUACGAUUUCAUUUCUUUCCCAUCUGUGACUUCAUCUGUUUUUUUCUUUUUCUUUUGUCUAGCAUUUGAAUGACAUUUAUUAGAUUGUUUACAUUUUGUUUGUUUAGUAACGGGGAAAUCUACAUAUUUAAUGUUCGCAUGAAAUGCAUCGCUGAAAUGAACUGAAAAGUUGCAUGAAACUCACAGUGAAGCACCGAGUUCCCCAGCAACUGGAAUUUCCCCUCUUUAUCACGGUUUCAGCAUGGAGAAGGAGAAGAAACUACCCUCUCUUCUUGGCUCCUCUCCCUCCCUCUUUUCAAGGAAUCUUCUGCUAAGUGUCUUUUUUUCUAAAGUCUUUCUAAGGUUUAUAAUAUUACCUCACCAUCUUUGUAGAAAAUUUAUAUGCAUAUGUAUACUGGUAUAUAUAUAUUUUUUUCUUUUUCUGUAUGCUGACAUUCCACAGCUUUUGCAGUUACCUUUCCAAAUUCUUAACACUGUUUUAACAGCCAAAAUAGUUCAAAGUUCACCUGCUUUCCAUUCUCUGUAUUGUACAACGUACACCCUGUCGCUUUCAUGGAAAAAUGCAGAUGGUCCUUUUUGCAGGACUGACUGUGGAUGUCUGUAGCUAGUCCCUAAAAUCCUGGCAUGUCAAGGUAACUCGGGAUGGAUGUUUGGAAGGUUAUCAUCAAGCUUUAAGUCUGCUUGGUUGCAAGAGGCAUUACUGGAUUCAAAGUUAACAUUUGAAAUUUAGGGAUUAAAAGCUGGUGGGAAAUCAGGGCUGUUAAUUCAGUGCUCACAAUUGCACCCUUACCACCCCUGCUGCUCUGAAUGCUGUUUUGCAUGUCAUGGAUGCCCAGUUGGUAUAAAUGCACUUCUGAAGAGAUUUAAAUCUGGAGGGCCACACCUCUGACUGCAUUUGCCAAUGCAAAUGAUUGUGUUUAUUCCAGGUUUCUUUUUUAAAGGUAACUCAGUAUUUCUAGAGCAUGUUUUUUUUUUAUUUAACCACGUGACUUUUUGAUAAUAAAAGGGCCUGGCUUGAUGAGAGGACCAUGCAGUAUUUCCACAGCCUCUUACCCCUCUCCAACUCCAAACUUCCCAGCCUCUCUAAGUGACAACACUGUCAUAGAUUCAUAUGGUAUUCUUGACCUUGCAUUAAAAACGUAACACUUUUUAAAUUUUACUGACACUAAAAAACCCUUAUUGUUUGUUCCUCGUGUUUUUUACCUGCUACUUUUCAAUUUUACACAGAAAAAAAGAUUAAUGAUUCAAGUCAUGGGAAGACAGCAUCAUAUCUAGAGACUUUUUGUUCCUAAAAGUCUGUAAAUUGCUAAAGAGUGAUCGCUGUUCUGUUUGUAGCCUCUCAAAGUAUAAGCUGUGAGAGCACAGUCAUAGUAACUAAUGCAGAAAUGUUUUUUUUUACUCAUGGUAAAAGUUCCUCUUAACUAAAUUAUAUUUAAAAAAAACUUUUAAAAAAUAGAAAAAUUAACUUGAAAGGUACAGUAUAAAUGCAGAAGUGUUAGAUAAAGGGUAUUUAAUUCCCUUUGGUCUACAUUUUUACAUUAUCACAAAAGUGACCUACCACUGACCUGGAGACAGAACGUUUUAAAAUUAUGUUUCUUUUCACGGAUUUGGAGGAUUAUUUUAAAUAAAGCUGCAAGAGAGCCUUGGAGAUCAGAUAGUUAAAUUUGGGGGCAUCUAUUUUCGUUACUGACAUCCCUGAGUGUGGUCUGGACAGCAUAAAUCACACUUUGCCAUCAUCUCAGUGUGUUAGUUGAGGUUAUUAUCUUCUUGGAAAGUGUCUGGUUGAGGACAGAAAAGGAGAAAAAGAUAUAAAGAAAUGAAAACCUGUCCUUGUAUUCUUUAAGAAUAGGUAAAAUUACCUGAGCUUAACCUGUCCUUUCCAUAAUGUGCUGGUGGUGUUGUCACAUUUAGGUGAAAACUAUCAAUUAAGAUUUGAGCAGUGAGGCAGUGAAGGUUUAUUGCAAAAGGAAGUUAAAAAUAGUCAAACUGGUGUAGAAGAAUGAACAAAGAAAGUAUGAUGAGGGUGUGAAAGUAUACUUCGUGAGAGGCUUAUCUACUAAGGCCUCUACUAGAGGAAUGCAGAAAGGAGCUUGUGGAGUGGAGGUUACUGGUUCAAAUCUAGACUGUGCCACUUGCAGAAUGUGGCCAGAAUCUCAAAUAGAUAAACAAUUUAUAGGUUAACCUCGAUCAUCCAUUGCUUAUUGUUAGCUAAAUAAUAACAACUAGGGCUGUCAGACCCUUGCAAGGUUUUCUGUCCUAUUCAUGAGAGUGCUGGUGUCCCAGGCUCAUAGUACGAGACGCAUCAAAUGACUGGAAGGAGUUUGCUUGACAGCAAGUUUGUUAUUUUUCUUUUUCUGGCUGCCGCAAGAAGCCUGUACUUGUGGGGUCAGGUUGAGUAUUCGUUUGAAUUGGUCUGCUUGAGACGGGGUAAACAAAUGAUGAUUCUGGGGGAAAUAAAGACUCUGGGAACCAUCGGCAUUUACACGCAAGGAACCUCAUGUGCAUCAGCCACUAUUUUGUAAGGUGUUUACAUUGCUAAAUCACGAACCAUUGUAAUGUACAGUAUUUAUACUGCCACUCAUUGCAGUAUCUUUCUGUUUAUGGAACUCUGUCUAGCUGAGCUUUACUACACAGGAAUAUACAGCACCAACACAGUUUCAUGAACGUGUCCUGAAUGUGCUGAGCUCUUUCAUGGGCUCAUUGCAUCAGAACAUCACACCCCAGGGGAGGAAGCCGAGUUAAACCAACAGUUCAAGCUCGUCUUGUCAUGGUGCUGGUUACUGUCCCAGAAGUCAGCACUAACAGACCCUGAAUACUUUAUUACUUACCCUCCACACCCCAUGGCACACUAACACACCAAUUCUGAAAUGUGUGUAUUCUUUUUUUUCCUUACAUUUUUGUAUCAUUUUUAUUCAGUUGUCAAUCUGGUUGUGCAUCUGUCUUGCCUUCUUUUUGAAAACAUCCUUCCCUGGAGUCUGUAUUCGGAAAACUCAGCUGCUGCCCUGGGCUCUCAUGAGGUGCUGCUUUCCAGUGGCUCUUUAGCAAAUCCUGCUGGCAGAUGGGAAGAAGACUUGAUGGAUUGUUUCCUGGGCUGGAGUGGCCCCUGGCCUGAAGGAUGCUGAAACAGAUACAGGGUAUCUUACUUGACUGUGGUUCCUGCAUGCUCUCUGUAAGAUACGCUACAUGGCUUUUAAUCUGUCUCUGACAAUACUGUAGCAGAUCUUCUCUCUCUGUCCAUUUUUUUAAAAAUGAAUGUUGGGCAAGUAGUCAGAAGCGACUUUGUUUAGCAGGCAAAGGAGUGAUGUUUUAUACAGCCGCUCAUUCUGCAAAAGUCUUAUUUCUUCUGCUUUUUAAAACUGUUUCCUCUUUGAA